AUGGAGGGCGCCUGCGGGGCGGCGGCGCUGCGGCCGGACAGGCGGCUGGCGGCGGCGAAGAUGCGGCUUCCAAUCAAGGUUUGCCAGCAGAAUACCCACACCAAAGUCAGUACGGAGCACAACAAGGAAUGUCUCAUCAACAUUUCCAAGUACAAGUUUUCCCUGGUCAUCAGUGGUCUCACUACUAUCUUAAAAAAUGUUAAUAACAUGAGAAUAUUUGGAGAAACUGCUGAAAAGAAUUUGUAUCUAUCUCAGCUGAUUAUCUUGGAUACACUGGAAAAAUGUCUGGCAGGGCAACCAAAGGACACCAUGAGGCUGGACGAGACGAUGCUGGUGAAGCAGCUGCUGCCCGAGAUCUGCCACUUCAUCCACACGUACCGCGAGGGCAACCAGCACGCGGCCGAGCUGCGCAGCUCCGCCUCGGGGGUGCUCUUCUCCCUCAGCUGCAACAACUUCAACGCCGUCUUCAGCCGCAUCUCCACCAGGUUGCAGGAACUGACUGUUUGCUCAGAAGAUAAUGCUGAUGUUCACGACAUUGAACUUUUACAGUACAUCAGUGUGGAUUGUUCCAAACUCAAGAGACUCUUGCAAGAGACUGUAUUCAAGUUUAAAGCCCUUAAGAAAGUAGCUCAGUUAGCUGUUAUCAACAGUCUGGAAAAGGCAUUUUGGAACUGGGUGGAAAACUAUCCUGAUGAAUUCACAAAGCUGUACCAAACACCCCAGACUGACAUGGCUGAUUGUGCUGAGAAGUUGUUUGACUUGGUGGAUGGCUUUGCUGAGAGCACGAAGCGUAAAGCAGCAGUGUGGCCACUGCAGAUCAUCCUCCUGGUCCUGUGUCCAGAGAUAAUCCAAGAUAUAGCAAAGGAUGUGGUAGAGGAGACUAAAAUGAACAAGAAGCUGUUCCUGGACAAUCUCAGGAAGGCCCUUGCAGGCCAUGGUGGGAGCAGGCAGCUGACUGAAAGUGCUGCUAUUGCUUGUGUUAAACUGUGCAAAGCAUCUACCUACAUCAACUGGGAAGAUAAUUCUGUCAUUUUCCUGCUGGUGCAGUCCAUGGUACUAGAUCUUAAGAACCUGCUGUUUAACCCAAGCAAACCUUUCUCAAGAGGCAAUCAGAAUGCAGAUGUAGACCUGAUGAUUGACUGCUUGGUUUCCUGCUUCCGCAUAAAUCCUCACAACAACCAACACUUCAAGAUCUGCUUGGCACAGAAUUCCCCAUCAACAUUUCAUUAUGUGCUGGUAAAUUCGCUCCACCGAAUUAUCACAAAUUCGGCGCUGGACUGGUGGCCCCGGAUCGAUGCCGUGUAUUGCCACUCGGUGGAGCUGCGCAGCAUGUUCAGCGAGACCCUGCACAAGGCCAUCCAGGGCUGCGGGGCCCACCCCGCCAUCCGCAUGACCCCGAGUCUUACAUUUAAGGAGAAAAUGACAAGCCUUAAAUUUAAAGAAAAACCUACUGAUUUGGAAACCAGGAGCUACAAGUUCCUGCUGUUGUCCUUGGUAAAACUGAUCCAUGCAGAUCCAAAGCUCUUGCUGUGUAAUCCCAGGAAGCAGGGCCCUGAGACCCAGGGCAGCACGGCAGAGCUGAUCACAGGCCUCGUCCAGCUGGUGCCACAGUCCAGCAUGCCAGACAUAGCCCAGGAGGCCAUGGAGGCCUUGCUGGUUCUGCACCAGCUGGACAGCAUUGACUUGUGGAAUCCUGAUGCUCCUAUAGAAACAUUCUGGGAAAUCAGUUCACAAAUGCUUUUUUAUAUCUGCAAGAAGCUCACGAGCCAUCAGAUGCUGAGCAGCACGGAAAUCCUCAAGUGGCUGCGAGAGAUUCUCAUCUGUAGGAAUAAAUUUCUUCUAAAAAACAAACAGUCAGAUAGGAGUUCCUGCCACUUCCUCUUCCUUUAUGAUGUCUCUGGAAGUGGAACUAGCCAAAUUUCUCUUGACCAUGAAGAAAUGAUGCGCUGUGCACCAGGAGCUACCCUCAGGAAGGGGAAAGGGAAUUCUUCCAUGGAAAGCGCGGCGGGAUGCAGCGGAACACCCAUCUGUCGCCAAGCCCAAACCAAACUGGAAGUGGCCUUAUACAUGUUCCUGUGGAGCCCAGACAUCGAGGCAGUGCUGGUGGCCAUGUCCUGCUUCCGGCACCUCUGCGAGGAGGCCGACAUCAGGUGUGGGGUGGAUGAAGUCUCGGUGCACAAUUUCCUGCCCAACUACAACACUUUCAUGGAGUUUGCAUCUGUCAGCAACAUGAUGUCAACAGGGAGAGCAGCUCUUCAGAAGAGAGUGAUGGCGUUACUGAGGCGCAUCGAGCACCCAACUGCAGGCAACACAGAGGCCUGGGAGGAUACACAUGCAAAAUGGGAACAAGCUACAAAACUAAUCCUCAACUAUCCAAAGACCAAAAUGGAAGAUGGGCAGGUCACGGAGAGUCUGCACAAGACGAUUGUGAAGAGGCGCAUGUCCCACGUCAGCGGGGGCGGCUCCAUCGACCUGUCGGACACGGACUCGCUGCAGGAGUGGAUCAACAUGACAGGGUUCCUGUGUGCCCUGGGGGGGGUGUGCCUGCAGCACCGCAGCAGCACCGGGCUGGCCACCUACAGCCCCCCCAUGGGCCCCAUCAGCGAGCGCAAGGGCUCCAUGAUCUCCAUGGUGUCCACCGAGGGCAGCGUCGAGACGCCCGUCAGCAAGUUCAUCGACCGGCUCCUGACCCUCAUGGUCUGCAACCAUGAGAAGGUGGGGCUGCAGAUCCGCACCAACAUCAAGGAUCUGGUGGGCUUGGAGCUGAGCCCAGCACUCUACCCAAUGCUCUUCAACAAGCUGAAGAAUACCAUCAGCAAGUUCUUUGACUCUCAAGGACAGGUUUUGCUAACUGACACCAACACACAAUUUGUAGAGCAGACCAUUGCUAUAAUGAAGAAUUUGCUCGACAAUCACACAGAAGGGAGCUCAGAACAUCUUGGACAAGCGAGUAUUGAGACAAUGAUGCUAAAUCUGGUUAGGUAUGUGCGUGUGCUUGGAAAUUUGGUGCAUGCCAUUCAAAUAAAAACGAAGCUCUGUCAGUUGGUAGAAGUAAUGAUGGAAAGGAGAGAUGACCUUUCAUUUUGUCAAGAAAUGAAAUUUAGGAACAAAAUGGUGGAAUAUUUGACAGACUGGGUUAUGGGAACAUCUAAUCAAGCAACAGAUGAGGAUGUGAAAUGCUUGACAAGAGAUUUGGACCAGGCGAGUAUGGAGGCAGUGGUUUCUCUUCUUGCUGGGCUUCCACUCCAGCCUGAGGAAGGAGAUGGUGUUGAGUUGAUGGAAGCAAAAUCUCAAUUAUUUCUUAAGUACUUCACGCUGUUCAUGAACCUGCUGAACGACUGCAGCGAGGUGGAGGACGAGGGCGCGCAGGCGGGCGGGCGCAAGCGCGGCAUGUCGCGCAGGCUGGCCUCGCUGCGGCACUGCACCGUGCUGGCCAUGUCCAACCUGCUCAACGCCAACGUCGACAGCGGCCUCAUGCACUCCAUAGGCUUGGGCUAUCAUAAAGACCUCCAAACAAGAGCCACGUUUAUGGAAGUCCUCACCAAAAUUCUGCAGCAGGGGACAGAAUUUGAUACGUUAGCAGAAACAGUGCUAGCGGAUCGGUUUGAGAGAUUGGUGGAGUUGGUUACAAUGAUGGGUGAUCAGGGGGAGCUUCCUAUUGCUAUGGCUUUAGCCAAUGUGGUGCCUUGUUCUCAGUGGGACGAGCUGGCUCGUGUCCUGGUCACACUCUUUGAUUCCCGGCACUUGCUCUACCAGCUCCUCUGGAAUAUGUUCUCAAAGGAGGUUGAACUGGCAGAUUCCAUGCAGACACUCUUCCGAGGAAACAGCUUGGCCAGUAAAAUAAUGACUUUCUGUUUUAAGGUAUAUGGUGCUACGUACUUGCAGAAGCUUUUGGAACCUUUAUUGAGGACUGUGAUCACAUCUCCUGAGUGGCAGCAUGUUAGCUUUGAGGUGGAUCCAACAAGGCUGGAGCCCACAGAGAGCCUGGAGGAGAACCAGCGGAGCCUCUUGCAAAUGACAGACAAGUUUUUUCAGGCAAUCAUUAAUUCUUCCUCGGAGUUCCCACCCCAGCUGCGCAGUGUGUGCCAUUGUUUAUACCAGGCAACUUGCCACUCUCUACUGAAUAAAGCUACCGUAAAAGAAAAAAAGGAAAACAAAAAAUCAGUGGUGAGCCAGCGCUUCCCUCAGAACAGCAUCAGCGCCGUGGGCAGCGCCAUGUUCCUGCGCUUCAUCAACCCCACCAUCGUGUCCCCGUACGAGGCCGGCAUCCUGGACAAGAAGCCCCCGCCCAGGAUCGAGAGGGGCCUGAAGCUCAUGUCAAAGAUACUUCAGAGUAUUGCCAACCACGUCCUGUUUACAAAAGAAGAGCAUAUGCGGCCUUUUAAUGAUUUUGUGAAAAGCAACUUUGACGCAGCACGAAGGUUUUUCCUUGACAUCGCGUCCGACUGCCCAGCGAGUGACACCGUCAACCACAGCCUGUCCUUCAUCAGCGACGGCAACGUCCUGGCCCUGCACCGGCUGCUGUGGAACAACCAGGAGAAGAUCGGCCAGUACCUGUCCAGCAACAGGGACCACAAGGCUGUUGGACGGCGACCUUUUGACAAGAUGGCCACUCUUCUUGCCUACCUGGGGCCUCCUGAGCACAAACCUGUGGCAGAUACACAUUGGUCCAGUUUAAAUCUCACCAGUUCCAAAUUUGAAGAGUUUAUGACGAGGCAUCAGGUACAUGAAAAGGAGGAGUUCAAAGCACUGAAAACGUUAAAUAUUUUCUACCAAGCUGGGACAUCCAAAGUUGGCAAUCCUGUUUUCUACUACAUCGCUCGGCGGUUCAAGACUGGCCAGAUCAAUGGUGAUCUGCUCAUCUACCACGUGCUGCUGACCCUGAAGCCAUACUAUGCAAAGCCAUAUGAAAUCGUGGUGGACCUCACCCACGCUGGCCCCAGUAAUCGCUUUAAAACAGACUUUCUUUCUAAAUGGUUUGUAGUUUUUCCAGGCUUUGCUUAUGAAAAUGUCGCAGCAGUUUUUAUUUAUAACUGUAACUCUUGGGUCAGAGAAUACACCAAAUACCAUGAAAGACUCUUGACAGGUUUGAAAGGAAGCAAAAGGCUUGUUUUCAUAGACUCUCCAGGGAAGCUGGCAGAGCACAUCGAACACGACCAGCAGAAGCUCCCAGCAGCUACCUUGGCUUUGGAGGAGGACUUGAAAGUGUUUCACAAUGCUCUCAAACUGGCUCAUAAAGACACCAAAGUUUCUAUUAAAGUUGGGUCGACAGCUGUGCAGGUGACAUCGGCAGAGCGAACACGGGUCCUGGGCCAGACAGUGUUUUUGAAUGACAUCUACUACGCCUCUGAGAUUGAGGAAAUCUGUCUUGUUGAUGAGAAUCAGUUCACCCUGACCAUUGCCAACCAAGGCACACCCCUCACCUUCAUGCAUCAGGAGUGUGAAGCCAUCGUGAGGUCCAUCAUCCACAUCCGGACGCGGUGGGAGCUGUCCCAGCCGGACUCCAUCCCUCAGCACACCAAAAUCCGUCCCAAGGAUGUCCCUGGAACGCUGCUGAACAUAGCACUGCUCAACCUGGGGAGCUCAGACCCCAGUCUGAGGUCUGCUGCCUAUAAUCUCCUAUGUGCCUUAACCUGUACCUUUAAUUUAAAGAUUGAGGGCCAGUUACUGGAAACUUCAGGUCUGUGUAUUCCUGCCAACAACACACUAUUUAUUGUAUCUAUCAGUAAGACUCUUGCAGCAAACGAGCCACACCUCACCUUGGAGUUCUUGGAGGAGUGUAUUUCGGGAUUUAGCAAAUCCAGCAUUGAGCUGAAACACCUGUGUCUGGAGUACAUGACUCCCUGGCUGUCCAACCUGGUCAGGUUCUGCAAGCACAACGACGAUGCCAAGCGCCAGCGAGUCACUGCUAUUCUGGAUAAGCUCAUCACAAUGACAAUAAAUGAGAAACAGAUGUAUCCUUCCAUUCAAGCUAAGAUAUGGGGAAGUCUUGGACAGAUAACAGAUCUCCUGGAUGUAGUGCUGGACAGCUUCAUCAAAACCAGUGCCACGGGGGGCUUGGGCUCCAUCAAAGCUGAGGUGAUGGCAGACACGGCUGUGGCACUGGCUUCUGGCAACGUCAAACUCGUGUCAAGCAAAGUGAUUGGGAGGAUGUGUAAAAUCAUCGACAAGACCUGUCUGUCCCCCACUCCCACGCUGGAGCAGCACCUGAUGUGGGAUGACAUUGCUAUCCUGGCCCGCUACAUGCUCAUGCUGUCCUUCAACAACUCCCUGGAUGUGGCUGCACACCUCCCCUACCUCUUCCACGUGGUCACUCUGCUGGUGGCCACGGGCCCCCUUUCCCUCAGAGCUUCCACUCACGGUCUCGUCAUCAACAUCAUUCACUCUCUGUGCACUUGUUCACAGCUUCACUUCAGUGAGGAGACCAAGCAAGUUUUAAGGCUGAGCCUGACUGAGUUCUCUCUGCCCAAGUUCUAUUUGCUGUUUGGGAUCAGCAAGGUGAAGUCGGCCGCGGUCAUCGCGUUCCGCUCCAGCUACCGCGACAGGUCCUUCUCGCCCGGCUCCUACGAGAGGGAGACCUUCGCUCUGACCUCGCUGGAGACCGUCACCGAGGCCUUGCUGGAGAUCAUGGAGGCCUGUAUGAGGGAUAUUCCAACGUGCAAGUGGCUGGACCAGUGGACUGAACUAGCUCAAAAGUUUGCAUUCCAGUAUAACCCCUCCCUGCAGCCAAGAGCACUGGUUGUUUUUGGCUGUAUAAGUAAACGUGUGUCUCAUGGACAAAUAAAACAAAUCAUCCGAAUUCUCAGCAAGGGACUUGAGAGCUGUUUAAAAGGCCCUGAUAAUUACAAUAGCCAAGUUCUAAUAGAAGCCACAGUUAUAGCCCUCACCAAGCUGCAGCCUCUUCUUAACAAGGACUCUCCUAUGCACAAGGCUCUCUUCUGGGUGGCCAUGGCAGUGCUGCAGCUGGAUGAGGUGAACCUGUACUCGGCAGGAACAGCACUGCUGGAGCAGAACCUGCACACCCUGGACAGCCUGCGGGUGUUCAAUGACAAGAGCCCAGAAGAGGUGUUCAUGGAGAUCAGGAGACCACUUGAAUGGCACUGCAAGCAAAUGGAUCAUUUUGUUGGGCUAAAUUUCAAUUCCAACUUUAACUUUGCACUAGUGGGACAUCUCCUGAAAGGGUACAGGCAUCCUUCUCCUACCACUGUAGCAAGGACAGUGAGGAUUUUGCACACACUCCUCGCUCUGGUUAACAAACACAGGAACUGUGACAAGUUCGAGGUGAACACCCAGAGCGUGGCUUACCUGGCAGCUCUGCUGACGGUGUCUGAGGAGGUUCGGAGCCGCUGCAGCCUAAAGCAUAGGAAGUCUCUCUUGUUGACAGACGUGUCAAUGGAAAAUGUUCCUAUGGAUACAUAUCCCAUUCAUCACAGUGACACUAGCUAUAGGACACUAAAGGAGAACCAGCCCUGGUCAUCCCCCAAGGGGUCAGACAGACACCUGGCUGCCAACUACCCGACCGUGGGACAGAUCAGCCCCCGCACCCGGAAAUCCAUGAGCCUGGACAUGGGGCAGCCUUCACAAGCCAACACUAAAAAGCUUCUAGGUACAAGGAAAAGUUUUGACCAUUUGAUAUCGGACACAAAGGCUCCUAAAAGGCAAGACAUGGAAUCUGGAAUCACAACGCCUCCCAAAAUGAGGAGAGUAGCCGAAAAUGAUUAUGAAAUGGAAACCCAGAGAAUAUCACCACAGCAACACCCUCAUCUCCGGAAAGUUUCCGUUUCCGAGUCAAACGUCCUCCUGGAUGAAGAGGUUCUGACUGACCCAAAAAUUCAAGCUCUGCUGCUUACAGUUCUUGCCACGCUGGUGAAGUACACCACGGACGAGUUCGACCAGCGCAUCCUCUACGAGUAUUUAGCAGAAGCCAGUGUUGUCUUCCCGAAGGUCUUUCCUGUUGUGCAUAAUUUAUUGGACUCCAAGAUCAAUACCCUUUUAUCGCUGUGCCAGGAUCCAAACUUGUUGAAUCCAAUCCAUGGGAUUGUGCAGAGUGUUGUCUACCACGAGGAAUCUCCACCCCAGUACCAAACAUCUUAUCUACAGAGUUUUGGAUUCAAUGGGCUGUGGAGGUUUGCUGGCCCCUUCUCCAAGCAAAACCAAAUCCCAGACUAUGCUGAGCUCAUAGUGAAGUUCCUGGAUGCCUUGAUUGACACGUACUUGCCUGGAAUUGAUGAGGAAGCCAGUGAGGAGUCCCUGCUGACCCCCACGUCUCCGUACCCCCCGGCCGUGCAGAGCCAGCUCAGCAUCACUGCCAACCUCAACCUCUCCAACUCCAUGACCUCACUGGCCACUUCCCAGCACUCCCCAGCUUCUCUGCCUUGCUCUAAGUCUGCAGUUUUCAUGCAGCUGCCUCAUCCAGGGAUCGACAAGGAGAACGUGGAGCUCUCGCCCACCGCCGGCCACGCCAACAGCGGGAGGAUGCGCCACGGCUCCGCCAGCCAAGUGCAGAAGCAGCGAAGCGCCGGCAGCUUCAAGCGUCACAGCAUCAAAAAGAUCGUUGUUCCAGAACCGCGUGAGGAUCCCGAGGGACGGCGGAGCCGGGGGAGGUCUGGAGUCCUGUGACGCUGCAGAGCCGCGUCUUGUCCAAAUCCAAAGCCAUUUCCCGAAACAGCCCCGCUGUGCACCUGCUCUGGCCUCGGGUGUUCCUGCUCUAAAGGGAAGUGUUGAUCCUUAACCCUGUUUGCACACCUCAAGGUAGUGGCUUCCUGAGCCAGGGAAGUUUCUCUAAUCCUGGUUUUAAUCCAAAUGUGUAAGAUUUUAGCUGUGGACUUUUUUUUACCAUACUGAAAAGAAACUCACGAUAGCCACAGUACAAUGAGCUUAACAGAAGUGGUGGAUUAGGUUAAAUUUCAGGUAAUUAGCAAUAAAUGGGAGAGGAAGAGGAGGCUGCAGGAGUCCCUCAUUCCCCAGAUUAAGCUUCACGCACUUGGACUGUACAUGGACCAGACUGGACAAACUGGCUUUUUUUCCCCAAGCCUUUUUUUUUUUCUUUUUUUUCUGUACUUUACUGCCCUGGGGAAGGUGGUACAGGGGGAAAUCCCCGGGCCUGACCCUCGGGCUGUUGUUGUAGCACUGCGGGAAGUUUCUCACCUCUUCCUUCCAUUUGACACGUUUUAGCGCUUUAGUUCUGCCCUGCCCGACAGAGCUCCUGGCACAGCAGCCAGUGGGGAGUGGAGGGGCAGCGGGGUGGAUUCACUCCUGGCUCUGGGGGAUGGUGUGUGGCAAAGCUGCCCCUGUGCUGCCCAGGCAGGGACAGGAACAGCCACCUCUGCUCAAGGUACAUGAAUUUCAAUUAACUGACACUGGGUCGGUUCCGUGGCAGGGCCGGGGCUGCCCCUCUGCCCACGGGACCCCCCGGGGUGGGUUCGGGGUCCUGCAGGGGUUCCAGGAAUUGAAGGUGCUGUCACUGGUCACUGCCAGGGCUCGGGUGACAGUGCUGGGACCUGCUGCUGUGCUGGGGAGGGAGGAGGCAGGAGCUGGGGCAGGGGCCGUGUCCUUGGGGCCUCACACAGCUCCUGCUCAGGAACAAUUCUGCUUCCCAGUUGCAGAUCCCUGUGCUGUGGUAGGAAUCAACAAUCCUUUGGUGGCUUUAAAGGAAAAGAAAUUAUCCACUAGGUAAAAGCCAAUCCUCCAGUGCAAUCAUUAAUGGCUUUCAGUAAAUCAAACUCCACAGCUAAAUUAUUAGAGAAUGGUACAAUUAAGGGUUCCGAUUUUAUUGCUAUAGCACACAAUUCCCAUGUAUCCACACAGUAACAAUGUAACAUUUAUGUAAAUAAAAAUACCUUUAUUGUAUUGAUUCAUAAAAUAACAAUUUCUUUAAUUUGUUUACAGUCCUGGAAAAGCUAUGAACACAAACUUCAUAUGCAAAUAGUUUGCCAAAACAAGAGGAAAAUUUAGGAUUAGCAGUCUUGGAAUAAAUAUGUUAGAAAAAUGAAGUGGUGCAAUUACCCCAGUCCCUUCUCGGGUGGUGCAGGUGCUGCGGCAGGAACGUGGUCACUGGGGACACGGAGUGGGGUGUGAGUGGGGCCUGAGGCUGAGCCUUGGGGUCCCCAGGUUAGAAACUGUUGUCAUCUCACACCUCAGAUUGUGAGGAACCACCCCUGGUGUCGCUGUGGUUUGCACGGGGUUGUACCCAAUCGAGCAAGUUCCAGCCCUUCCCGUUUUGCUGAAGACAAAGAAUUGUAGAAGCCUGAGGAUUUGUAGGUAGGGGGAAAACAAGAAUCUCUUAUAAAGGUGAUUUGCUGUUUUCAGUUGUUUCUCCUAUGAGCAGGUUUCCUGUAAAGAGGAAUAGGAAUUCCAGAGGAACUGCCCAACCAGUUUUGCUUGGGCAGAGAGGAAGCCCUUCACUGUUCUGCAUUACCCACAUCAAAAGUGUCCCUCCUUCAGAACUGCUGCAUUCUCUGCAGCACAGAGGAUGUGAGAGCAGAGGGGACGGUGAUGAAAAUCACCCUCCUUGGGGAACUACUCCAGGCUCUCAGUCCCAGCUAAAAAUCUGGUCUCUUCACAAAGUCAGUGAACAAAAUUUGAUUUCCUCUUUCCUGGAAGGAGAGAGUUGGUUGGAGGUUCCCCUGUGUGAGGGGUUCAGUGAGAGGGCCUGGACUCUGGCCGAGCAGGGGUGUCAGGUAGUGGGGGUGGAAUUGGGGUGUGAGGACAGCUGAUGGCCAAGGUUUAAUUUGCAUCCUGUGUGCCCCAAUAUGCAGCAACCUUGUCUUGUACUGGUUGCUGGGAAGCUCGUGCUUGGCUCACAGGGAAGCACAGCCUUUGUGUAAUGAUUAAACUCCAAUCAGUAAUUAGUUGUCGAGUGCCUUACUGUCUCUCCAUCGCUCUCCUGCUCCCCCCAGCAGCCACUGCUGGGACUUUGCCUCCUUUUCUUUCUCACAUCCUCCUUCCUUUGUUCUUUCCCUGUUUGAGCACUCUCCCUCCUGCCCCGUUCCAGCCCGGGCUGUGCUGCCGGUGCCCAGCAGUUCUGGUGCCACGGUGGGU